GGCAGAGGCGCCCUUCCCGCCCCUCCGCGCCUUGCCCGCUUUAAAAGUUUCUUCGCGCUGGCGGCCGCUGGGCAGCGAGCUGGACUAGCCAUGGCGGGCUUCACGGGCUGGCUGCGCUUCGGGAAGCUGUGCACCCGUAGUCCGGGGGUGCUGGGGGCCCGGGCUGUGCUCUCCCGAGGUUGGCAGGGAGAGAGGCUGCAGCGAGUCCGGCUGCUGAGCUCCUGGGACGAGGAGCACUCCACUCCUGUCGAAGGCCUCAGCUACAUCCAGGGCCCCACCAGAUGUCGACUAGUCAACAAAACUGUGGGCCAAUGCCUGGAGGCCACAGCACAGAGAGUCCCAGACCGAGAGGCCUUAGUUGUCCCCCAGGAGAACAUCAGGCUGACCUUUUCCCAGCUCAAGGAAGAGGUGGACAAAGCUGCUGCUGGGUUCCUGAGGAUUGGCCUCCGCAAGGGUGACCGGCUGGGCAUGUGGGGACCCAACUCCUAUGCCUGGGUGCUCAUACAGCUGGCUACUGCCAAGAUGGGUGUCAUUUUGGUGUCUAUAAACCCAGCCUACCAGGCUGCGGAGCUCGAGUAUGCCCUCAUGAAGGUGGGAUGCAAAGCCCUCGCGUUCCCCAAGCAGUUCAAGAGCCAGCAGUACUAUAACAUCCUGAAGCAGAUCUGCCAAGAGCUGGAGACAGCCCAGCCAGGGGCCUUGAAGAGUCAGAGGCUCCCAGAUCUGACCACAGUCAUCUCGCUGGACGUCCCUCUGCCUGGGACCCUGUUGCUGGAGGAUGUGAUGGCAGCUGGCAGCACUGAGCAGCAUCUGGCUCACCUCCGGCAUGCAGAGAAGUUCCUGUCCUGCCAUGACCCCAUCAACAUCUUGUUCACCUCGGGCACCACAGGCAACCCCAAGGGGGCCAUUCUCUCUCACUACAAUGUCAUCAACAAUGCCAACCUGGUAGGGGAGCGCAUGAGGCUACACUUGAAGCCACCAGAGCAGUUGCGGGCCGUCUUGCCCAGCCCCCUAUACCACUGCCUGGGGUCUGUGGGAGGCACCCUGGUGAACCUGAUGCAUGGUGCCACCCUCAUCCUCUCCUCUCCAUCCUUUGAUGGCAAGAAGGCACUGGAAGCCAUCAGCAAAGAAAGAGGCUCCUACCUCUAUGGCACCCCCACAAUGUAUGUGGACAUUUUGAACCAGCCGGAGUUCUCCAGUUAUGACAUAUCAUCCAUGUGUGGAGGUGUGAUUGGUGGUUCCUCGGCACCCCCAGAGCUGAUCCGAGCUAUGAUCAACAAGUUGAACAUGAAGGAGUUGGUGGUGGCUUAUGGAACCACAGAGAACAGUCCAGUGACCUUCAUGUGCUCUGCUGAGGACAGUGUGGAACAGAAGGCAGAAACUGUGGGCAGAAUCAUGCCACACACAGAGGCCCAGAUUGUGAACAUGCAGACAGGGGACCUAGUGGAACUGAACUCACCAGGAGAGUUGUGCAUCCGAGGGUACUGCAUCAUGCUGGGCUACUGGGCUGAUCCCCAGAAGACAGCAGAAGCAAUUGGACAAGACAAGUGGUAUCGGACAGGAGACAUUGCAAUGAUGGAUGAGUGGGGCUUCUGCAAGAUUGUAGGUCGCUCCAAGGAUAUGAUCAUCCGGGGCGGGGAGAACAUCUACCCGGCAGAGCUGGAGGACUUCUUUCACACACACCCCAAGGUGCAGGAAGUACAGGUGGUGGGAGUGAAGGAUGCCCGGAUGGGGGAGGAAAUCUGUGCCUGCAUUAGACUGAAGCAGGGGGAGCAGACCACAGCAGAGGAGAUCAAGGCUUUCUGCAAAGGGAAGAUCUCCCACUUCAAGAUUCCCCGAUACAUCGUGUUUGUCCCGAACUACCCCCUCACUAUCUCCGGAAAGAUCCAAAAAUUCAAACUUCGAGAGCAGAUGGAACAACAUCUAAACCUGUGAAUAAAGGAGGAGUCUUCAUCUUGCCAGAUCCAUCUUACCCUCUCUGUCUCUGUGAUUUGGCAUAAAGAGCUUGUUUUCUUUG